UAAUCAUUGUCUGCACUGCAGUAUAUGUAAUUUAAAAAAAUAGCAAUUAAUUUUGUUAAGGGUAACUGUAGAAAACUCAUACAAACAGUAAAACUGCAACAACUGCAAGACCUUGUUGCAGUGUAAGAUAAUGUUAAGUUGUUUUUCAGCCAAUGGUUACAGGAGGCCAUGAGAGAAAAUGAGCCCGACACAUGUCUUAUCUUCUUGGUUGGCACUAAGAAUGACCUGCUGCCCCCAGAAGAAAGAGAGAGAACAGAGAAAGAUGCCAUUAGACUAGCCACAGAAAUGCAUGCAGAGUUUUGGGCUGUUUCGGCUAAAACAGGGGAGAAUGUACAGGGGUUUUUCUUCAGGGUGGCAGCUUUGUCUUUUGAGAAGUGCAUACUGAAGGACAUGGAGACUGGGAUCCCUGCUAGCAUCGGACGAGGAGACGGUAUCAUGUCAGAUUAUGCAAAACUGGACGAGGCCACAUCCCAAGACACUAAGAAAGGCUGCUGCUGAUGAAAAGAGGGACUGAGAAAUGUUAAAGAGAGCAAAACCAGGCAAAAGCUGUGUUCUGAUUUUUAGCUGCAGUCGUCAAAAUGACAAACCAUUGGCCAGACUGAAAUGUGCCUUAGUUCUGUUUUCAAAAUAGAACUUAACAAAACAGUCAUGUACUCUGACGUUUGCAGAGGGUUUGAUUUGUGUGCAUUCUUAGAAGUCAUUGUAUGAAUGUAUUUGGACUGAA